GCUCGCCGCCUGAGGGAACCGCCGCUGCCCUAUGGCCUCCCCGGCGGCGGCGGCGGCGGGGCCCGGCGCCGCGCUGCCCCCGGGCCCGGCGCGCCGCGACUUCUACUGGCUGCGCUCCUUCAUCGCCGGAGGUGUUGCGGGAUGCUGUGCCAAAACAACCACUGCACCACUUGAUCGAGUGAAGAUCUUGCUGCAGGCUCAUAACCACCAUUACAAACAUCUAGGAGUGUUUUCUACGCUGUGUGCUGUCCCCAAAAAGGAAGGUUACCUUGGGCUGUAUAAAGGAAAUGGGGCCAUGAUGAUUAGAAUCUUUCCAUAUGGUGCAAUUCAGUUUAUGGCGUUUGAUCAAUACAAAAAGGUAAUAAAGAAGCACCUUGGGAUUUCAGGGCAUGUGCAUCGAUUGAUGGCUGGAUCCAUGGCAGGUAUUACAGCAGUGAUUUGUACUUACCCUCUUGAUAUGGUUAGAGUUCGUCUGGCAUUCCAAGUAAAAGGGGAACACAAGUACAUGGGAAUUAUCCAUGCAUUCAAGAUGAUUUACACAAAGGAAGGUGGUUUUAGUGGGUUCUACAGAGGGCUGAUGCCAACUGUGGUAGGAAUGGCUCCAUAUGCGGGUUUUUCUUUUUUUACCUUUGGUACCUUAAAGAGCAUUGGACUUGCUCAAGCACCUAACUUGCUUGGACGGCCUUCCUUAGAUAAUCCCGAUGUCUUAGUUUUGAAAACACAUAUAAAUCUGCUGUGUGGUGGCAUAGCUGGAGCAAUAGCUCAGACGAUAUCGCGUCUUCUCCCUCCAGUGUUUUACAGACUGUUUUAUACUCUCAUCUGAUCUUCAUGUGUCUUCCUUACUCGUGCCAAAUGGAAUAUAUUAAGAGAUCUGAUUUGCUGGUUUUGGUUGUAUAGAGGGAGUCUCCCUUUUUGGAGAACUUUCAGCUGUGUUGAGAAUCUAAGCCGAAUUCAUGACUCAUUGAAAAGGGAGAUUGGAGUUUGUAGAUGGACUCUUUAUAUAUAUAUAUAUAUAAAUUAAAAACAAACAAACAACACAACAGUAUUUGUAUAGUCAUCACACAUCUAGUUGAACUGCUGUUCAAAUA